GCAGUGACGCUAGAAGGGGAGGCGGGAAGAAUUAAAAACAUUUUAUUCCCCCGGCAGCUCCUCGGUCUGCAGCGGGCAAUCGGCCGGUACUUGAAAUCGCAGAACCUUCAACCGAAGAAGGCAACGCCCAUCUUUUUGGCUUCCCUGGGCCGUAUGACACAGCGGGAGAAAGAAAUUUUAGUAGUGGCCUCGGCGCUAGGGAUCCGUGGCGACACCCUGACGGCGAUUAGCCGCUCGCAGGUCUUCCUGCGUAGGCAGGGAGGUGUGACCCGGUCAGCAGCUUUGAUGGUCCGCAAGGACAAAACCUCGCAGCUACGCCGCAUGGAGGUGCUCUGCAUGUGUAAGAAGAGCCGGGUGAAUGUUUGCCCGGUGUGCUCAGUUGAGAACUGGGCCACGUUGUUUCCGAUAUCGAAGUGCGAGUUCAUGUCUGCCUGUAGGCUAGCCGAGACGAGUGGCCAUGGGCCACGUCGUACGUGUGCGAUCACGUCGCGCUUAGCAUGGAAUAGGAAGAAAGCCGCCAAAGCUCGGCAAAAGCUUGUGGCGGUGGUCUCCAAUAGGCAGGGCUGGUCUCUUCAGGCUAGGAGCCUGUCCUUUUUCGAAUACAGUGAUGACUUUGCGCGAUUCUCUGACCAGGAGCAGCAGCUUCUAUGCUGCUGGUCUCCGGAGGAGGACGACCUGGAGUGAACGCCUGGCGCAUUAUGUUUCAGCUCGAGCUACAGGCACUGCACAGCUGGAAACUUCCAAAUCGUUUUCUAAAAAACCAGAGUCCGCAUAGCGCAGAAAUAUAUUUGCUUCACUUUUGUCCAGUGGCGGUCUGUUCUAUUUCGUGCACGAGUCGCUCGGAAAUUGUUGCUACAUAAAUUUGUUGGUCCCAAAUCUAAAAUCUGUCAGAUCUUGAGCCCAGGGCUAGCCCGAUUUUUCUUGACAGAUACGAAAUGCGAGUGGUUGAGUAUGUUUAGGUCGGUAUGGGAAAAUCUUUGAUCGCAGCAGGAGACGCUGCUUGUAAAUGGGAUCUGGGCCCUCCCCCCCCCUCCCACUUUGGGUUCAGACCGGUUUCUUCUCGCUUAUUUUCCAC